GGUGGCUUUGCUUGGAAUAGACCUUUUAUCUGCCCUAGUGACAAGGCUACAGGACCGAUUUAGGAACCAUGUGGGAACAGUACUGCCCAGUCUGAUAGAUCGUCUGGGGGAUUCCAAAGACCAAGUCAGAGACCAAGAUCAAAUCUUGCUGCUGAAGAUCAUGGAGCAGGCUGCUACCCCACAGUACGUGUGGGACAGAAUGCUGGGAGGCUUCAAACACAAGAACAACAGGACCAGAGAGGGAGUGUGCCUUUGUCUCAUCUCAACGCUCAAAAUGUACGGAGCCCAAGGCUUAACCCUCAGUAAAAUAGUCCCUCACAUAUGUAAUCUACUAGGAGAUCCCACCAGUCAGGUGAGAGACGGAGCUAUGGGCUGCCUGGUGGAGAUCUACAGACAUGUGGGGGAGAGGGUGAGGAUGGACCUCAGCAAGAAGGGCCUACCACAGUCACGGUUGAAUGUAAUCUUCAGUAGAUUUGAUGAAGUCCAAAGAUCUGGGAACAUGAUCCCAUCCUCAGCUUCAGAUAAGAACUUUGAUGAUGAGGAUUCUGUGGAUGGGGGCCGGUCCUGCUCCUCCGCAUCGUCCUCCAAAGCGCCCCCCAGUGGGAGGAGGACUGUAGCUGCAGCUUCUGUCCGCAGGCCCAGCUCUGCCACCGGACCCGGCAAGAUCUCUGCUAAAGAUGCUGCUGCAGGAGCAGUAGAUGAGGAGGACUUCAUCAAGGCUUUUGAAGAGGUUCCUACUAUCCAGAUCCACUCCAACAGGGAGAUGGAGGACAACCUCUCCAAGGUCCGGGAGGUUCUGUCUGACGACAAAAACGACUGGGAGCACCGAGUCAUCGCUCUGAAGAAGGUGCGUUCUCUGCUCCUGGCUGGAGCUCUGGAGUAUGAUAGUUUCCCUCAGCAGCUCCGUCUGCUGGAGGCCCCUCUGAAGCUGUCGGCUAAAGACCUGAGGUCCCAGGUGGUACGAGAGGCCUGCAUCACACUGGGAUACCUGUCCACACUAAUGGGCAACAAGUUUGACCACUGUGCAGAGACCCUGAUGCCCACACUGCUCAACCUGGUGCCCAACAGUGCCAAGGUGAUGGCUACGUCUGGCAUGGCAGCCAUACGUCUCAUCCUCAGGCAUACACACUACUCACGUCUCAUCCCAAUCAUCACUAGUAACUGCACGUCCAAAUCAGUGGCCGUCAGACGGCGCAGUUAUGAGUUCUUAGAGCUGUUAUUACUGGAGUGGCAGACACACACACUGGAGAGACAUGUGGCUAUUCUGACGGAGACCAUCAGGAAAGGGAUCCAUGAUGCCGACUCAGAGGCCAGGUCCGUGGCCAGAAAGUGUUAUUGGGGUUUCCAUGGCCACUACAGCCGGGAAGCGGAGCAUCUUUUCCAGGCCCUGGAGUCGACCUAUCAGAAGGCUCUCCAGUCUCACCUGAAAAGUUCUGACAGUGUCGUGUCCCUCCCCCAAUCAGACCGCUCAUCCUCCUCCUCUCAGGAGAGCCUAAACCGGCCCCUGUCUGUCAAGAGUGUCAUAGGAGGCGGCAUGACAAGGGGGAAGAUGGUGAGUUCCAGGGUGAACUCUAACCCCGGCGGUUCUCUCCAGCGUUCCCGUAGUGACAUCGAUGUGAACGCUGCGGCCAGCGCCAAAUCGUGUCUGGUCACCGUGCCCUCCGCUUCUCCCUUCAGCUCAGCUGCUGCUCUGCCCCCAGGCUCCUACGCCUCUCUAGAUGGCACGCCUGGUAAAAUUAAUACUGGUCGUGUGCGUACGAGGAGGACAAGCGCUGGCAGUGCCGUCGGAGCCAGCGCUACUGUGACUGACAGCAGGGGGCGCAGCCGAGCCAAAAUGGUAUCCCAGUCCCAGCCUGGCAGUCGCUCCAGUUCCCCUGGAAAGCUUCUGGGCCACUCGUCUGGGUACGGGAGGAUCAGCAGGCCCCCCUCAGCCUCCAGCACCCCUGCAGACAAGAGGAGCAAGGUCCCCCGCAGCCAGGGCUGCAGUAGAGAUUCCUCUCCCAGCCGACUGGGACUAGCGAGGAGCCGUAUCCCCCGGCCCAGCAUGAGUCAGGGCUGCAGCAGGGAAACCUCUAGGGAAAGCAGCCGAGACACCAGCCCUGCUCGGGGCUUCAAGCCUCUUGCCUCCCGACGUACUUCCCGCUCUACCAGCGCCCUAUCCACGGCUGACCCCCACGGCCAGUCAGAUCGGUUUGGCUUGAUUCACCAGGACCGUAUCUCUGCCUCAGUAAAUGCCAUGAGAGUCCUCAACACUGGCACUGAGGUGGAGGCUGCUGUUGCUGAUGCACUGCUAUUAGGAGACUCCAGAAAUAAGAGGAAGCCUAUGAGGCGGCGGUAUGAGUCUCCGGGUAUCUAUUCUGACGAUGAUGCUAACAGCGAUGCGUCCAGCGCAUGCUCAGAGCGCUCAUACGGGUCCAGGAACGGAGGUAUCCCUCACUAUCUGCGUCAAACGGAGGAUGUGGCGGAGGUGCUAAACCACUGUGCCAGCUCCAACUGGUCAGAGAGGAAGGAGGGGCUGCUGGGUCUGCAGAACCUACUCAAGAACCAAAGAAUACUCAGCCGAGUGGAGCUGAAGAGACUAUGUGAAAUCUUCAGCAGGAUGUUUGCAGAUCCACACAGCAAGGUAGGUGACAGGAUGUUCACCUGUGUUUGGGUGUUUAGUAGUUCUGACUUUAUCUUGGUGCACAGAGAAGACCUGCAGGACUGGCUGUUUGUCCUGCUCACCCAGCUACUGAAGAAGAUGGGAGCUGACCUGCUGGGGUCUGUCCAGGCCAAGGUCCAGAAGGCUCUGGACAUCACCAGGGAGUCUUUUCCGUUUGAUCACCAGUUCAACAUCCUGAUGAGGUUCAUUGUUGACCAGACACAGACACCCAACCUCAAGGUGAAGGUGGCCAUUCUGAAGUACAUAGAAUCACUGGCCAUACAGAUGGAUCCUACAGACUUUGUCAACUCCAGUGAAACCCGACUGGCUGUAUCUCGCAUCAUUACCUGGACCACAGAGCCCAAGAGCUCCGACGUCAGGAAGGCGGCCCAGGUUGUGCUGAUCUCUCUGUUUGAGCUGAACACCCCAGAGUUCACCAUGCUGCUGGGAGCCCUGCCCAAGACCUUCCAGGAUGGGGCCACCAAGCUGCUCCAGAACCACCUGAAGAACUCCAGCAACACCAGCAGCGUGAGUUCUCCCAGCAACACUAUUGGGCGGACCCCAAGCCGGCACCCCCCAAGCCGGACCAGCCCUCUCACUUCCCCGACCAACUGCUCCCAUGGGGGGCUAUCUCCCAGUAUGUUGGAGUAUGACACAGAGAACAUGAACUCUGAUGAGAUCUACAGCUCCCUGCGAGGGGUCACAGAGGCCAUCCAGAGCUUCAGCUACCGCAGCCAGGAGGACCUCAACGAGUUGAGAGGGAAGAGGGACGAUGCUGCGGGACGGGAAGGUGUGGCGCCCUCUCCAGGCUCUGAUGCCCGUCUGGGGUUGGAUGUGGUGGAGGGUGGGCGUACGGCCCUGGAUAACAAGACCUCCCUUCUCAACACCCCGUCCCCCCGCUCCUUCUCUGGGCCGCGAGCCAGGGAGUUCGCCCCCUACGGAUACGGAGACACCAUCACCUCAUCCUACGACAAGAGCGCCCUGAAGGAGGCCGUGUUUGAUGACGACGUGGAGCAGUUUAGAGACUGCCGUCGGCAGGACAGCAGUGGUGAAAACAAGAUGGUGCUGUCUAAGGGCUUUGCUCCAGGUUCCCAGGACCACUCGGACCUGGUUGCAGACCUGCUGAAGGAACUGUCUAAUCACAAUGAACGCGUGGAGGAGCGUAAAGGGGCGUUGGUGGAGCUCCUGAAGAUCACCCGGGAGGACAGCCUGGCCGUGUGGGACGAACACUUCAAGACCAUCCUCCUACUGCUCCUGGAGACACUGGGGGAUAAAGACUACACUAUCCGGGCCCUGGCGCUGAGGGUACUGAAGGAGAUACUGCGGAACCAGCCGGCCCGCUUCAAGAACUACGCUGAACUCACCAUCAUGAAGACCCUAGAGGCACACAAAGACUCCCACAAGGAGGUGGUAAGAGCAGCGGAGGAGUCUGCCUCCACCCUGGCCGGCUCCAUCCACCCAGAGCAGUGUAUCAAGGUGCUGUGUCCCAUCGUCCAGACGGCUGACUACCCCAUCAACCUGGCUGCCAUCAAAAUGCAGACCAAGGUGAUAGAACGCAUCACCAAGGAGUCCCUGCACCAGCUGUUGCCUGACAUCAUACCAGGACUACUGCAGGGCUAUGACAACACAGAGAGUAGUGUUCGCAAGGCCAGCGUGUUCUGUCUGGUGGCCAUCUACUCUGUGAUUGGAGAAGAGCUCAAACCACACCUGCAGCUACUCACGGGCAGCAAGAUGAAGCUGCUGAACUUGUACAUCAAGAGGGCUCAGACAACCAACAGCAACAGCAGCAGUUCCUCAGAUGUCUCUUCACACAGCUAGCUGUAGGAGCAGAGGGAGGAAAACACAGAUCCGUCUGCCUGUACUGUGCAUCUGAAUUAGGGGGAAAAGGUUGCUUCCCAAAUUGGCAUCCUUUUCCCUAUAUAGUGCACUACUGUUGGGCUCUGGUCAGAAGUAGUUCACUAUAUAGGGAAUAGGGUGCCAUUUGGGACAGAUCCAUAGUCGUGCCUCUUCCAGACCUUUCCAUUCCUUUUAUUUUCCUCCCUCCUUCACCCCACUGGACUCCUCUGGGUGACCCUAUGACCUGCUCAUCGCUUCAACCACCGCUUCACUUACUUUGCUCUUUCCCCCCCCCCAUGGAACUUGUACAUUCAUUUGUCUC